AUGGCGUCGGAGUCGGAGGACCGCGGGACUGCCUGCACGCUGGAGUUCGCGGUGCAAAUGACCUGUCAGAGCUGCGUGGACGCGGUGCGCACGUCUCUGCAAGGGAUCGCAGGCGUCCAAAGUGUGGAGGUGCAGUUGGAGAACCAGAUGGUCCUGGUGCAGACCACCCUGCCCAGCCAGGAGGUGCAGGCCCUUCUAGAAGGCACUGGGAGGCAGGCGGUCCUCAAGGGCAUGGGCAGUGGCCUGUUGCAGAAUUUAGGGGCAGCCGUGGCCAUUCUCGGGGGGCCUGGCCCUGUGCAGGGAGUGGUGCGCUUCCUGCAGCUGACCCCUGAGCGCUGCCUAAUCGAGGGGACCAUUGAUGGCCUGCAGCCUGGGCUGCAUGGACUCCACAUCCAUCAGUUCGGGGACCUCACGAGGAACUGCAACAGCUGUGGGGACCACUUUAACCCUGAUGGAAUGUCCCAUGGGGGUCCCCAGGACUCUGAACGGCACCGCGGAGACCUGGGGAAUGUCCAUGCUGAUGAGGAUGGCCGAGCUGUCUUCAGGAUUGAGGACGAGCAACUGAAGGUGUGGGAUGUGAUUGGCCGAAGCCUGGUCGUCGAUGAGGGAGAAGAUGACCUGGGCCGGGGCGGGCAUCCCUUGUCCAAGAUCACAGGGAACUCGGGAGAGAGGUUGGCCUGUGGCAUCAUCGCACGCGCCGCUGGCCUUUUCCAGAACCCAAAGCAGAUCUGCUCCUGUGAUGGCCUCACCGUCUGGGAGGAGCGGGGCCGGCCCAUCGCUGGCCAGGGACGGAAGGAGCCCGCCCAGCCCCCUGCCCACCUCUGA